CAAAUAAACUCUCAAAGUGUUCGGUGUGCUGUUUCACAUCAUAUCAUCUAUCGUCUUUGUCACGAACUUGUGAAUCUCCAGUAAUAAUCGAUAAGGGCUUUUGAAGAUCUCUGAGAUUUCAGUUUUUCUUUCUACGAUCAAGGUAUAGAUUAGUACAUGAUCUCCUAUACAUGUUUAGAUUUAUAUUCUUCUUUUAAGAAGUUUUUUUGGAAUUUGUGUUCUGUUGUUAUCUCUAGGAUUAGGGCAAAUUGGAUUUAAAAGAUUUUUGGGUUUUCACUCUAUUUAUGAAUCUGAUUUUGAUCAGUUUGUAUCAAAUAUUUGUUGGAUCCUCAAUUUAAAGAAUUUUCAAUGAAAACUGUUACUGCUUCUGUAUACUUUUUCAUGGUCAAAUAUUUUUUCUUUCGAUAUCUUUAGUUUCCUGUAGAACUUGAUAAAUAUCAAGGAUAAUUAAAGAACUCAAAAUUAAGGUAAUUUUUCUGUGCGUAUGUUUGAAGAUUGUAUGUUUUAGGCAAUGGAUGGUUUUGAUUCAUGUUGCAUGCAAGAAAAAGGGUCUUUCGUUUUAGUAUUGGCUUCUGGAUGAAGUUUGGGUGGUUCUGUAAAGGUUGAAUCAGGUCUCAAGUGGAAGUUCCAUUUUUUAUUUUUGUAUUUUGAUGAUAGACGUUGUUUAUGUUAUUAUAGUCAUAUGAAGUUGCUCUUUUUUCUGAUAAGAAAACUAAGCAAUGCAGCUAGUCCCGAUUCCAAAGAUUGGCGAGUGAAGUUACGUAUCAAAGCCGUCGGUUAUUUGAAAGGAUCACUAGUAACAUAGUGGAUUUUGAAUAAAGGGGUGAAGGCUAUUUUUUUCUAGCCAUGGAGAAACGAGUUGAUUCCAAACUUUUUGUUAAUGAUGGUUCAUUUAUGGAAAGAUUUAAGCAGCUGCAACAAGGUCAGAAAGUGAAGGGAGCUGCAGCAGAGGAGUCCCAAUCAGGGAUGAGUUCAUCUGGUUCGAAACACAAUGUUGAAACUAAUAAGGCGGCUUUGGAUUUGAAAGCAGACAACAAACGAAAGCUGAACCCUGGUUCUUCAAGUGGUAAGCUAGCAUUCAGCUUGAAGCAGAAAUCAAAACUUGUUGCUGCUCCAAUUAAAUUAGGUGCAGACGAGGAUGAAGAAGAGGGGGAUAGAGGAAAUGAUGUACAUGAUAAUUCAAAACGGCAGAAGUUGGAACCCGUGGUUACAGCGGAUAGAUCAUUAGAGAAAGGGGAUGUUGCACCAUCUCCCCCAAGCGAUCCUGAAGUGAAGAACGUUGCAGACAAAUUAGCAAGUUUUGUGGCUAAGAAUGGAAGAGAGUUUGAACAUGUUACAAGGCAAAGAAAUCCUGGUGAAACACCUUUUAAGUUUCUGUUUGAUACUAGCUGUGCGGAUUACAAAUACUAUGAGUAUCAGCUUAUUGAAGAGGAAAAAGCUCUUGCCAAGAGUAGGGAUGGUCAAGUUUCACACAGUGCCAGUACAAUUUCUUCAGUUGCUAGAACAUCGACUGGCGGUCAGAGGAUUCCUCUUCAACAACACUCUGAUUAUCAAAUCCCAGCCUCAGCUCUCUACGAGGCUAGUGAGGAAAGUAGAUCUUCUUCUUCAAAUCAAGCAUCAUCUGUAGGAAGAACCCUAUCCUAUGGUGGAUCUAGUGCAUCUUCAGCUGCAGAUCCUGUUGCGAUGAUGGAAUUCUACAUGAAGAAGGCUGCACAGGAGGAGAGGCGGAGGCAGCCUAGACAGUCAAAAGAUGAAAUGCCUCCUCCUGCUUCUCUCCAAGGUCCAGCUCCAGGCAAAAAGGGCCAUCACAUGGGUGAUUACAUACCUCAAGAAGAAUUGGAGAAGUUCAUGGCAAGCUGCAAUGAUGCUGCUGCGCAAAAAGCUGCAAAAGAAGCUGCUGAGAGGUCUAAAAUCCAAGCCGACAAUGUUGGGCACAAGCUUUUGUCCAAAAUGGGUUGGAAAGAAGGUGAGGGUCUGGGGAGCUCCAAGAGUGGUCGUGCAGAUCCCGUCUCUGCUGGAAAUGUGAAAUUGAACAACUUGGGUGUUGGAGCUGUAAAACCUGAUGAGGUUAAACCCGAAGAUGACAUUUAUGAACAGUAUAAGAAGAGGAUGAUGCUUGGUUACCGCCACAGACCUAAUCCUCUGAACAAUCCAAGAAAGCAGUAUUACUGAAGGUUCUGUUCCAUUGGGAUUUUGGGGGAUGUUUUGUAACAUUGUUUUUCAGAAUACUAUAAAAAUAGAAGACUCUCUAUCCUUGUAAGUUAAAAAGGUUGGCUGAUGAAAAGUAUAAUUUCUUCUAUUCAUUCUGGUCUGUAUUGUGGAAAAACUGAUUGAUUCAUUCCUUAGUCAUAUACUACUAGCUGAAAGAAUGAUAGUCGAACACUUUUAUGUGAAGUUCUCUGUAAUGGUAAAUGUAAGUUAAAUAUUUGCAUCU